AUGUCAGAGGACUCCCGCGGUCGCAUCCAAGACCCUCGAAUAAUCACUCGCUCCGCACGGAAACCUUCCCCCGGUUUAGCCGCAAGGAUUAAAAUGCUCGAAGCCGACGCGGAGAAACGCAACUGUUCUUCCACCAUCAACAACAACAACAACAACAACAACAACAACAACAACGUGAUGAGCAAAGGCAGGCUAUCACCUUCCCCCUCACCUCAUCGUAAAAUUUCGAGUGCUCCCUCCAACGGAAGCCUCUCGGCUGCCCCGAAACUAUCGAAAGAGUUGCCCCCCACGCCUGUCGAGGACGAUGAGGACGACGAAGAAUUCCACACUGUUAAAGGGGAUGGGGCCAGCAAAACCGGAGAUAACGACGAUGACGGUUCCUCUAGUGACGGAGAAGGGGGCCAUAACUUCUCUUCUGCCCUCCAGUCGCCAAACAAUUAUGAUGGCACUUUCAACCACGCUUCUAUUAUGAUGACCUCCUCGCCGCCGGGCUCUGCGAGACCGGAUACCUCAUAUUCCACUUGGACCGAGGAUUCCCGUAACGCCGCCCGCUUCUCAAAUGGCACCACCCUGGAGACACGGCCAGAAACGCAGACAGAGACACGGCACAACAAUAGCCCUUACAUAACUUCAUCUACGAGUCUACAGAGACGUGCCUCCGUGUUUUCGUUGUCCCGCGUUUCUUUUUCGGCACAGCUCUCACGACUGAUAUCGUUAUCACUCCCUCUGUCCGUGGAUAUUUCCUCUAAAAUACGGCAAUUACCGACUGCGAGGGAGGCCUGCAAUGCGCUCAUCUCGGCCGGAGAUCAGAUUAGUCGUUGGAUUGAUACCGCCAAGAAAGUCUUGCGUGGUCUAGAUGCCGAGGAUGAUGUUGAAUGGGCGGCUCAAGGGCGCGAGUCUCUUAACGAGGUUGACGCUGCGAUUGGCAAGUUCUCUGGUUUGGUCAAUGUUUACGUCGAACUCAUUGACGAGCUACAGAAUAGAGAGGAUUCCGAUGAGGUGGAAAAAGUACUGGUUGAGAUUCUUAAAAGUAUGGAAGAGGUUAUGGAUGGGUGGAAUGAGGUUAAGGUCGUCCUGAAGGGUGUGAAGGAUCAGGUCGAGACUGCGAUGGAAUGGACAGAGCUGUGGACCAUGAUUUUACAAGAUAUCCAGGCGGAAUUGGACGCGUGCCAGACAAUAGUCUUUGAAGAGGAGGAAAAGCGACAUCGGAGCAUGAUGGAAGACACCAGCGCAGUGGAUCUGGAUGCUCUGGAGACCAUAAUCGAGGAAACGCCUAUAUCGGCUCUGCCCAAAGUUGCCAGGUCCGGAGGAGAAGAAGAGAGCUCAUUGCUAGGACUGAUGGCGAGGAUGCAGCCUUUGAGAGUCAGCUUGGACUUCCUCCCCAUGAGACUGCAGAGCUUCCAGGCCAGAGCUGAGGGAAUCUUUCCCAGCGCCUGCGAAGAUUUGGCGGGCCGGCGAAACGCCUUGGAAAAGAAGUGGAAGAAAUUGGAUAGCGACGUUGAGGGGCUGAAGAAAGAGUUGGGCGAAGACAAAUGGGUUGCGCUAUUUAGGAACGCUGGCGUGCAGACGGCUAACAUGAUGUCAAGUGUGGAGAGGAGCCUGAAGAAAUUGAGAGACGCAGUUACAGUAUGGGAAGAGAGCGAGGGGAGGAUCGACAGUGAUUUGGCGUUGAAGAUUCAGAAUUAUGAAGCAAAGAAGGUGCAUUACGGUACGUUCUCUUUCUUAAGCCUCCUAUUUUCAUACUAGUGGGCUGACGGGAAUAUUGUGUAGGAUCUGCAAUUGAACGGGCGUUAGGACUUAUUACCAAGGGAGUCCGUGAUAGGAUAACCGUUAAUGGGGAAAUUAUUCGUCUCGACGCGGCUAUGCGGACACGUUGGAAGGCUCUUGAGGAUGGGAUGGCUGAUAUGGAACAGGAUAUGAAUGAUCUUGGUUUGAAUGUGCAGACACUUCGGGAUUCUUUCUCUUCGGUGACCUCCCUUGAGGUACGCUCCUACGGAGGCUCGGGAAUAAUCACUCCCGGUAGCUCCCCAGCUAGCUCAGUCGUCAUGGCUACCUCUCCCGGAGGGAUUGAGAGAAAGCGAUCGCCUCCGUCAGCUGCCAGGUCGCCAAGUGGAGGUGCAAACGCCCGGCCUAGCCCUCAGCCCAGAGCUAGCUCGAUCCCGAAGAAAAGCCAAUAUGCUAGGCUUUCCUCAACAGGGUCAGUCGUUGGUGCAUCGGUACGUAGCCCACUUUCACCCAACACAACUGGGAUGGCUAGAGUCUCAUCUACCCCGGGAACCUAUCAGACUCCACCCGCAGCUCGUAGGUCUUCCUCGUCAUCCAGCUCUAGCGGCAAGCCGGCAGACAACCGACCAAGGUGGAACUCCUCAACAAACACCAACGAUAGCCCAUUCGGGCACAAUUUUAAGCCCCUGAACCUCACCACCCCAAGCCCAUACCGCAAGAACCUCCCAAAUACCAACCGGAUAACCAGCCCCACCCUCUCCCUUCCCACCUCCCCCGGAGCCAGCAGAAUCCCCGGUCCAAGCCCGCUGACUUCCACAUCCCUCCCGGGCUCCCCCCUCCUCCCAGGAGCCCGGAAAUCCAGCGGCGGCAUCUUUCAUAAGUCCCCCAGCCCAGCACCGAGGCUAGCCCCCGCUGCCGGCGGCCGCCAACACCCGGAACUUCGCCGCCAAGCAAGCAUGAGCCACCUCCGCCACCAAUCUCGUGACCAGACCCACCUCUCUUCGCAGGAGUCUAUAACCUUAAGCACCAUCUCGCACUCCACCUACGCCGAAGAGAAGGGUCGUGAGAGAGAGGAGCGGCAGGACUUGCGUGAUAAGGAGAACGCAAAGCGUUGUGCGAGCAGUAGGCCUGCUAGUGCUAUGGCUAGCGCGAGGAGCAAUCGUACGAGCAUGCUACCGAGACCGACAACACCAGGGUCAGGGUCAGGGUCGGGGGCGUUGGGAGCGGGGAAGAGGAAUAGCAUGCCUCCUGGGACAACGUUUGCGCAGCAGCAACAGCAGGGGGCGGCGAAGGCAGAUAAUAGACCGAGAUGGAGGUUAAAGUAG